GGAAGUGGUGAUUGACACCGGCAGGUAUCGGGCCGUAGGUGACGUGAGAGGGCAGCCGAAGUGGGACAGACAGCCUGGGAGAGCGAUAAAAGGAAGGGCACAAGACAGAAAAAGAGGCCUCCUCUUCGGUUCCCGUUGCAUGGUGCAUGAUUAUGGCGCAAGAGACAAACCACAGCCAGGCACCACUACUAUGCUCUACAGGUUGCGGCUUCUAUGGUAAUCCUCGAACAAAUGGUCUCUGUUCUGUGUGCUAUAAAGAGCAUCUACAGAGGCAAAACAGCGGUGGGAGAAAUAGUCCCCCAGUUGUGUCCGUAGGAAGUGGAGUGGAAGUGUCAACUCCACAGAAUGCAGAGAGUUCACAGGCAGGUGGUGUGGCAGAUCCUGUGGUUCCACAGACUACACAGGCCAGCUCAUUGCCGCUCUUGGAAACUGGGUCAUCAUCUUCGCAAGCUGAAAAUGCAGAAAGCAGAACUACAGAUACAAAAGAAAUACCAGCUGCAACAUCAGACAGUGCACAGAACUCUUCGGAGGAGCAGGAACGCUCUCCUGAAAAAGCCAAGCUGAAAAAGAACCGUUGCUUUAUGUGCCGUAAAAAGAUUGGACUCACUGGGUUCGAAUGUCGAUGUGGAAAUGUAUUCUGCGGGACUCACCGUUACUCUGAUGUGCACAGUUGCUCUUAUGACUACAAAGCGGAUGCAGCUGAGAAGAUCAGGAAAGAAAAUCCUGUUGUGGUCGGAGAAAAGAUUCAGAAAAUUUAAGAAGGGCUGAAAGUUCUGUGUUCCUGAUGAAACCUGCCUUGUGCUGCAGGAGAUGGGCCUUGGUGGGAAAAUGGAAAACACAAAAAAAAAAAUUUCAAACCACCUUGUGUCUUUUUGACUCUGCUUCCAGGGAUACAGCUGUGCUGGCUUCACCUUUUUUUCAGUUUUAGUUUGAAUUUUUCCUUUAUUUCAUCUUUUUCCUGAAUCUUCUGAGUGGAAAGAAAAAGGAUACAAAAACGGACUUGAGUAAACUCUUAUGUAUCUUCUGCAGGUUUUCAUCCUUUUCAGACCAGUUAGAUUAUUUUUUAGAGGCACAGAGGAUUUAAAGAAAGGAGUUCACAAUACUGUUUGACAUUUUUGUGUUUUCAAACGACAAGCAGUUACAUGUAGGUUUAUUCUUCAGAGGACAGUUAUCCUUGUAUUACAAAACAAUAACACAUUGCAAGGUUCUCUGAUGCCCAAGAAAUUAAGCCAAUAACUCCUUAACCCACUGUAUUUAUCCUAAAGUAAAUGGAUUGAUAUUUUAUUGGACCAAUUUAAUUAUGUAUGUAUGUGAGUUCUAGAGAAAUGCUCUCCUUGGAGAGUUUAGCUCUAAGAACUCUCUGCUCUACAACAUUGUGUGAUUGUUUGGAUGAUUAAAGAAACUCUUACUAUAUAAACAGUGAUGCAUUUAAAUGAUGCUGCCUGAUUGUUCCCCAUCAGGCAGUGCAUUUCUUUGUUCAUUUAAUAGGUGCUAUUUAGCCCUGAUUGGUUUAAGUCUGCAGUCCUCGGCUAGAGAUCAGUUUGUUCAUCUGUAGGCUGGGAGAUCGCUCUGUAUACUGAAAGACUGAGGCAAUCCAUCUUCCAGACUUUUCCCCCUUUUUCUUCAGCCUGAGAAUGUUAUCAACUGACUUUUUUUUUUUAAGUAGAGAAAGAAAUCAGAUGUGUGAAUGUUGGUCCCUCAAGGAAAGGUUUAAUGUUUAUGUCAAUCUUAUUAAAUAAAAGUUAAAAAUCUAGAGUAAA